AUGUCACAAAAUAACGAAAACUCAUUUUCUAACCAAAUGGAUUAAGAGAAUGAUUUAGAUUCACAAAGUUUAUCAAGUGAAAACGACGGUGGCUCUAAUAAUAACGGAGGUGGAGAUGAUGAAAGUCAAGAAAAUUUAGGUUCACAAAAAAAGAAGUACUCAGUUAUUUCUUAAGAAGUUCGUGAGAAAUUUAUUCAGCGUGUAAUUUCAAGAGAAGUUACAAUUAAGGAAGCUGCUCGUGAGUUUGGAAUAAAAUUCUCAACUUCAAAAGCCAUUUUAUAAACCUUUAAAAGAGAAGGUCGUAUAGGAAAAAAGAAAACCCGUCAAAGAAAGCCUAAAACUAAUAAAGGAAAUGGUUAUGCAAACGAUUCUGGUGAUUCAGGUUGUAUUCAUAACAAUUCUCCUUCAAAGAAUCCUGAUAAUCCUUAGAAUUUCGAUCAAGAAUUGAGAUAAAUUAUAGAGGAAAUGCAAGGAAUUAUAAAUAAAAAUAGCGUGGCAUAUAAUACUACUUAACUAGAUUCUCCAUUUAAUUAAGGUCAGUAGCAUUCUCCAAGAAAUCUUCGUUUUAAUGGCAAUAAAAUACAACAAAUGGCAAUACAAACAUUCUAAAAUCCCUUCACAUAGAUAUAACAUACCCCAACAUUAAAAGCGGAAGAAGACGAGGAGAGAAACGAGCCAAGUGGCGAUAUUUAAAAAAUAAAAGCUCAACUAAAAAGCUUGACUGCAGAAAAGCUAAAAGAUUGUUGCUAGAAUAACCCAAGAAUAUAUUCUUAAGAACAAAAUGAUUUUAAUUACACAGCAUAUUUUUGA